UUAGAUCACAAAUUUAAAAGAUUAUUUUUCUUUUUAAAUACUGUAUCAAGUCAAACAGCGUCACGGGAUGGAGGGAGUAAUUUUUAUGUAGUAUAUAAAUCUCCACUCUAUAUAUUCCCCCAACCAUAUGUAGUGAAACAUAUCAACUAUUUCUUCCUUUUCCCAAAAAAAGAAAAAAAAUCAUCUUUCCAAUUAUUACCAAAAAUGCCAGAAAAAUCCCUAGAUUAUCCUCAUUCAAUAAAACUAAGGUAUGUCAAAUUAGGUUACCAAUACCUAAUUAACAACAUUUUAACAUUCUUGUUAGUACCAAUUAUGCUAACAAUUCUACUUCGAAUUCUUCAAUCAAGUCCAGAUGAACUGUUCAGUUUCUACGACUCACUUUCCUUAACUUCAAUUCACAUCAUUUGUUCAUUGUUCAUCAUAACUUACGUAACAACAUGUUACAUUAUGUCACGUCCAAGGACCAUAUACUUAGUGGAUUACGCGUGUUUUCGCCCUCCUAUCACAUGUCGUAUCCCAUUCGCAUCCUUUAUGGAACACGCGCAUCUUAUUUUGUCCGAUGAACCUAAAAGCGUGCGCUUUCAGAUGAAAAUCCUUGAACGUUCUGGUCUUAGUGAAGAAACCGCGUUACCACCGGCCAUGCAUUAUAUUCCACCAACACCUACAAUGGAUUUGGCUAGAGAAGAAGCUGAGCUUGUUAUAUUUUCAGCCAUGGAUUCACUUUUGGCGAAAACUGGUCUAAAACCUAAAGACAUUGAUGUCCUUGUUGUCAAUUGUAGCCUCUUUUCGCCUACACCUUCGCUUUCGGCUAUGGUUAUAAACAAGUAUAAAUUGAGGAGUAAUAUAAAGAGUUUUAAUUUAUCUGGAAUGGGAUGCAGUGCUGGUGUUAUAUCAAUUGAUUUAGCUCGUGAUAUACUUCAACAAUACCCUAAUUCAAAUGCUGUGGUCAUUAGCACAGAGAUUCUCACUCCAAAUGGCUAUUUAGGUAAAGAGAGAUCGAUGUUGCUUACAAAUUGCCUAUUCAGAAUGGGAGGAGCAGCCAUACUUUUAUCUAACCGAAAAUCGGAUCAUAGGCGGGCCAAAUACCGUCUAUCACACAUAGUCAGAACACACAAAGGUGCAGACGAUAGAUCGUUUAGAUGUGUACAACAACAAGAAGAUCCAGAAGGGAAAGUGGGCAUAAAUUUGUGUAUAGAUCUCAUGCAAGUGGCAGGAGAUGCAUUGAAAUCUAAUAUUACAACCAUUGGACCACUUGUUCUACCCGCUUCAGAACAACUUCUCUUUCUUCUGACACUCAUUUGUCGGAAAAUUUUUAAGGCUAAAAUGAAACCCUAUAUUCCCGAUUUCAAAUUAGCGUUUGAACAUUUUUGCAUACACGCCGGUGGAAGGGCUGUGAUAGAUGAGCUGCAGAACAACCUGCAGCUAUCGGCGGAGCAUGUAGAGGCCUCGAGAAUGACGUUGUACCGGUUCGGAAACACAUCAUCGUCAUCACUAUGGUAUGAGAUGAGUUAUAUCGAGGCAAAAGGAAGAAUGAAGAAAGGUGACAGGAUUUGGCAAAUCGCAUUUGGAAGUGGAUUUAAGUGUAACAGUGCUGUAUGGAAGUGUAAUAGAACAAUAAAAAAUACUCCAAUAGAUGAACAUAAUCCAUGGGCUGAUUGCAUUGACAGAUACCCUGUUGAUAUUCCAGAUGUUGUUAGGCUCUAAGAAAAAAAGACAGCUCGAUCGGUGUAUUAAAGUUUCUGGUAUAUAUGGGGUUCGAGAAAGGGUUGAAAAAUAAGAGUUUAUUGUGUGCAGCAUAAUCAUCUUUAGUUAAUUCAUUUUCUUCUCUUUAUUUGAGGACAGCUCGAUGCACUAAAGCACUCGCUAUGCAUAGGUUCAGGGAAAAGGACCCCACCGCAAGGGUGUGUUGUACGCAGUCUUACCUUGCAGUUCUGUCAGAGGUUGUUUCCAAGGCUUCUCUUCAUUUGAGGAAAUUAAAAUUCAGUGUGUUAUUUGCUUUAAUUUGCAUGCAUAUGAGGUUUUCCUUUUUCCCUAAUUAGUCUAAUUGUGUGUUACUAUAAUCUGAGAAUGUAUUAUGAUUUUUAAUUUAUGUGAAAUAAAGUCGAGACAGCUAUAUUUGUUGGUA